CACUCUGUCUCAUGGUUUCGUUAGUUUAAAGAAAGGAAAAAGUUCUGACUUUUUGGAUGGAGAGAUUAUUAUAAAGAGUGCACUGUGCAUGCAGAGGAACUUGUUUAUUCUGCAAAUUCACUCUUAAACCAAUUGAGGCAGACAAGUUUUAAUACUAAUCCAACAGUUUUGAUUUGCAAUGGCUCCCAAAACAGGCAAGACGAAGCCCCAUAAAGCCAAGGGAGAGAAGAAGAAGAAGGAAGAGAAAGUUUUGCCCAAUGUAAUUGAGAUUACAGUUGAAACACCAGAAGACUCCCAAGUGACCCUCAAGGGAAUCUCCACUGACAGGAUUUUAGAUGUGAGAAAGCUGUUGGGAGUCCAUGUCGAGACGUGUCAUUUGACCAACUUCUCCUUAUCACAUGAGGUCAAAGGACCGCGGCUGAAAGAUUCGGUGGACAUCCUCUCUCUCAAACCCUGCCACCUCUCCAUCGUGGAAGAGGAGUAUACAGAAGAUCUUGCAAUCGCUCACAUCAGGCGACUCCUCGACAUUGUGGCCUGCACCAACUCGUUUGGGCCGUCGUCCUCGUCGCCCAAGGCAGCGGGCCGAGCGGCCCAGCCUAAAGAGCCCGGCAUAGGGGAGGCCGAGCCUUCUCCGAGCCUGACCUCGGAUAAUGGUGGAGAUUCGACCCACAAGAAAUCAAGCGGGGCCCAGCGAGUUGGCGGCCCCGUGCUUAACAAGAGCGGGCCUGAUGGGACCGAGCGAGCCGAUGCCGCGGCCGUGUCGAUGUACCCGCCGCCGAGGCUCGGCCAGUUCUACGAAUUCUUCUCGUUCUCGCAUCUAACGCCGCCGGUGCAUUACAUUCGAAGAUCUACUCGUCCCUUCCUUGAAGAUAAAACAGAAGAUGAUUUCUUUCAAAUUGAUGUUCGAGUUUGCAGCGGGAAGCCGACGACAAUUGUUGCUUCCAGAAAGGGGUUCUACCCUACUGGGAAACACCCUCUUCUCAGUCACUCUUUGGUUGGUUUGCUGCAGCAGAUAAGCAGGGCUUUUGACGCCGCGUACAAAGGCCUUAUGAAAGCUUUCACAGAGCAUAAUAAAUUUGGCAAUCUUCCUUACGGUUUUCGGGCAAAUACAUGGGUUGUGCCCCCAGUUGUUGCUGAUAACACAUCUGUUUUCCCGCCACUUCCCAUGGAAGAUGAAAACUGGGGAGGAAAUGGCGGUGGGCAAGGAAGAGAUGGAAAAUAUGACUACAGACAGUGGGCAAAGGAGUUUGCCAUUCUGGCAGCCAUGCCUUGUAAAACGGCAGAAGAAAGGCAAAUUCGAGACCGGAAAGCCUUUCUGCUUCACAGUUUAUUCGUCGACGUGUCAGUUUUUAAAGCUGUUGCAGCAAUCAAGCAUCUUAUUGACAGUAAUCCUACCAUUUCAACCUCGCAUGAGGAAAGGGUUGGAGAUUUAAAUAUUAAGGUGACAAGAGAUGUACCUGAUGCAAGCACGAAGUUGGAUUGCAAAAAUGAUGGGAGUCAUGUUCUUGGAAUGUCACAGGAAGAGCUUGCUCGGAGAAAUUUACUCAAAGGCAUAACUGCUGAUGAGAGUGCUACUGUUCAUGAUACUUCUACUUUAAGUGUUGUGGUAGUUAGACAUUGUGGCUAUACGGCUGUUGUGAAAGUUUCAGCUGAAGUGAACUGGGAGGGUAAUCCUAUCCCCCAGGACAUUGACAUUGAUGACCAGCCUGAAGGAGGUGCCAAUGCCUUGAAUGUCAACAGCUUGAGAAUGCUAUUACACAAGCCAUCCACUCCUCAAUCGUCUAGUACAGGUCAACGAGUACAGAGUGCAGACAUUGAAAGUUUACGUGGUGCUAGGUCUUUGGUUAGGAAAGUAUUAGAAGAAAGUUUGCAGAAGUUUCAGGAAGAGCCCACUAAACAGACUAGGUCUAUCAGAUGGGAGCUCGGAGCAUGUUGGGUGCAACAUUUGCAAAGCCAAGCUUCAGGGAAAACUGAGUCUAAGAAAGCUGAAGAAACUAAGCCUGAGCCAGCUGUAAAGGGCCUUGGGAAGCAAGGUGGACUGCUAAAGGAGAUAAAGAAGAAAACAGAUGUCAAAAGCAGCAAAGCUGAACUGGGGAAGGAAGUUUCUAUGAAUAACAACCUUGACAUAAACAAGAGAUCAGAAAACAUUAGUCAGCAGGAAUUGGAGAAGCAAGAUAAGGAGAAGGAAAUGAUGUGGAAAAAGCUACUUCCUGAACCAGCAUAUUUACGCCUUAAAGAAUCAGAGACCGGUCUUCAUCAUAAGCUGCCUGAGGAGUUGACUGAAAUGGCUCACAAUUACUAUGCUGAUACUGCACUUCCAAAGCUGGUGGCAGAUUUUGGGUCCCUUGAACUUUCGCCAGUUGAUGGAAGGACAUUGACAGAUUUUAUGCACACCAGGGGUUUGCAAAUGUGUUCCCUAGGGCGUGUGGUUGAACUUGCAGAUAAGCUUCCUCAUGUUCAAUCACUCUGUAUACAUGAGAUGGUUGUUCGAGCCUACAAGCACAUAUUGCAAGCUGUAGUAGCAGCAGUUGAUAAUGUUGCUGACUUGGCUGCGUCAAUAGCAUCAUGUUUAAAUUUAUUAUUAGGAACACCAUCACUUGAAAACCCUGAUGUGGAUAUUACUAAAGAUGAUAAGUUAAAAUGGAAGUGGGUGGAAGCAUUCCUUUUGAAGAGGUUUGGUUGGCAUUGGAAAUGUGAAAGCUCUGAGGAUCUGAGAAAGUUUGCCAUUCUCCGUGGGCUGUGCCACAAGGUUGGACUUGAGCUUGUUCCUAGGGACUAUGAUAUGGACAGUGCAUUACCUUUUAGGAAGUCAGAUAUCAUUAGCAUGGUCCCCGUUUAUAAGCAUGUUGCAUGUUCCUCUGCUGAUGGGCGUACAUUGUUGGAGUCUUCAAAAACUUCCUUGGACAAAGGCAAAUUGGAGGAUGCUGUUAAUUAUGGCACGAAGGCACUCUCAAAACUUGUGUCUGUCUGUGGUCCUUAUCAUCGAAUGACAGCUGGAGCAUAUAGUCUUUUGGCUGUAGUUCUCUACCAUACAGGGGAUUUUAAUCAGGCGACCAUUUAUCAGCAAAAAGCAUUGGAUAUUAAUGAGAGAGAGCUUGGACUUGAUCACCCUGAUACAAUGAAAAGUUAUGGAGAUCUAGCUGUUUUUUACUAUCGACUUCAGCACACAGAGUUGGCUUUGAAGUACGUCAAUCGUGCUCUGUAUCUCUUGCACUUAACAUGUGGGCCUUCUCAUCCAAAUACUGCUGCCACUUACAUCAAUGUAGCAAUGAUGGAAGAAGGUUUGGGGAACGUCCAUGUUGCUCUUAGGUAUCUCCAUGAGGCAUUGAAAUGUAACCAAAGACUACUUGGGGCUGAUCAUAUACAGACUGCUGCCAGUUAUCAUGCAAUAGCAAUUGCUCUCUCUUUGAUGGAGGCAUACUCCUUAAGUGUUCAGCAUGAACAGACUACCCUACAGAUACUGCAGGCCAAACUAGGGUCCGAGGAUCUACGAACACAGGAUGCUGCUGCAUGGCUUGAGUACUUUGAGUCCAAGGCUCUGGAGCAACAAGAAGCUGCACGCCAUGGUACCCCAAAACCAGAUGCCUCAAUCUCCAGCAAAGGUCAUUUGAGCGUAUCGGACCUUUUGGAUUACAUAACGCCAGAUGCAGACAUGAAAGCGAGAGAGGCCCAAAAGAAAGCUCGUGCCAAGAUCAAAGGCAAACCAGGCCAAAACUGGGAUACAAUCUCAGAUGAAUAUCAGAAGGAUGAAAUUUUGUCGUCAAGUUUUCCCAUUGCAGAAAAUUCAAGUGAUAAAGAAAACACAGCCGAAGCUCAGUUUGCAGAACCUAGAGAUGACAAACCUGAUUCAAUCCUUUCUGAUCAAUCCGUACUGAUAAAAAAUGAUGAUGUGGCACAAGAUGACACCUCUGAUGAAGGAUGGCAAGAAGCCGUUCCUAAAGGUCGCUCACCUACAGCUCGCAAGUCUUCUAGUUCAAGGAGGCCAAGCCUAGCAAAACUAAAUACCAACUUCAUGAAUGUACCCCAGUCAUCAAGAUACCGUGGAAAGUCCACUAAUUUCGCAUCCCCAAGAACAACCCAAAAUGAGCCUGUUGCUUCAACUGGACCUGCUCCACCUGUUACAAAGAAUUUUGCUAAGAGUGCAAGCUUCAGUCCGAAGUUGAAUAACUCUAGCACCUCAACUAGUGGGGCAGAGAAAUUAGCCAACCCAAAGUCAGCCCCUGCUAGCCCAGCUUCCACUGAUCAAGUUGCUAAGUCUGCUCCUGCUGCAAGUCCGAUCAGUGUUAAGGCAGCUGGAAAACUUUUCUCCUACAAAGAAGUUGCUUUGGCUCCACCUGGAACAAUUGUGAAGGCAGUGGCAGAACAGUUGCCAAAAGGAAAUCUUCCCAAAGAACAAAAUCCUCAGGUUAGCCAGGAGGCAGCUGUGACAGAUCCCUCUCCUGGUGAGGUGACAAUAGUAAAGGACGCAAAGGAAGAAAAAGUUGAUAAACCCAAAGGAGAGAAACAUCUACAGGUUUCUAAGGAGGAAACAAAAGGCAAGGUCAACGAAGAAGAAAAACAAGGAAAAAAGGUUGACUUUGUGGGAUCAAAACCCCUUGAGGUUGUGAAGAGUGCUGCUAAAGAUAUCAAGGUGGGAGGUAAAAAAGUAGAAUUAAAGAGUGAUGCUGUUAAAGACACUGAAGCAGAAACUGGAAGUGUUGCAGUUCUCGAAGUUGAGAAUCCUGAUAUCUCUCAGGGUUUGAAGGCCAGUACUUCUAAAAGUGAAGUGUUGGGAGUGGGGCCAGAUGGUUGCUCAGAAACUUCUCCUGAUAAAGAUGCCCCCAUUUCUGAAGAAAAGGUGGCAGAUGGAGAUGAAAAUAAUGUUGACUCAGGUGUUAAGCCAAAGCCAACUGAAGGUGAAAAACAAGAUGAAGCAGAACCAGGAAAGGAGACAACCAAGAAACUUUCUGCUGCUGCACCUCCAUUUAAUCCAUCCACAAUUCCAGUCUUCGGCUCAGUCCCAGUUCCAGGAUUUAAAGAUCAUGGAGGAAUUCUGCCCCCACCAGUUAAUAUUCCUCCUAUGCUUACAGUCAAUCCUGUCCGUAGAUCACCUCAUCAGUCAGCAACAGCGAGGGUUCCAUAUGGUCCCCGGCUAUCUGGUGGCUAUAACAGAUCAGGAAAUCGGGUUCCACGCAAUAAAGCUGGCUUCCACAAUGGCGAACACAAUGGAGAUGGGAAUCAGUUCAGCCCUCCUUUAAUAAUGAACCCCCAUGCAGCUGAGUUUGUACCUGGCCAACCUUGGGUUCCCAAUGGCUAUCCACUAUCUCCAAAUGGUUAUUUGACUUCUCCAAAUGGUUUCCCCAUGUCUCCAAAUGGUGUUCCGGUGUCACCAAAUGGAUAUCCAGCAUCAGUAAAUGGUAUUCCAGUGACUCAAAAUGGGUUUCCAGUAUCUCCAAUCAGUUCGGUAGAAUCACCAACAGUUGUAAAUGGUGACAAUGGUGUUGAAAACAAAGAUGAGGCUGCAGUGGAAGUGGAGGCGGAAGCGAGUACCGAGAAGUCAUUUACAGAAGUUGAUGAAAAACCACCAAUUGAGCAGAAAUCGCAAGAAGAUCAAGCUGUAGACAAUGAAAACAAUCAUCCUGAAGUUGAAGAAAAGACUACAGAUAUAGUCCCAAUUGCUGCUGCUGCUGUUGACACUGUUGUGGCAAGUGAAACUUGCAAUAUUGCUGUGGUUGAGGAAAAACCAACCAAAUGUUGGGGAGAUUACAGUGACAGUGAAUCCGAGAUCGUUGAAGUUACAAGUUGAAGGAGGAUCAUGAAUUUCUUUUUAGAUGCAACGGCUAUGUUCACACCCAGGGUUGUAUUUCAUGAGACAACGGAAGUGAUAAGAUACAGUUAAUAAUGACAGAGACGUUUGUUUUCUGUCGAUUUUCUGCAGCAUAAUGAACUGCAAGCGCAGGCAUUGUGAAUACACUCAGUACAGUUUGGAUUUGUAGUAGCGAGGAGGAGAAUCAUUAAUGUAAAGUGAGCUAAUAAGCUGCAGAUGUGCGAAGGAAACACGACGACGGUGGAAGGAUCACUUGAGAAGUUCGUCGGUGACCGAGUCUCCUUUAUAUUUUUGUUCAUUUUAUAUUUUAUUCUUUUUUUUUCCUACUAUAAAUUUUGUUAUUGCCAUAAUAAAACAGAUAGAACAGUGGACGGUUUAUGCUUUCAAGCUCAUACUAUUAGAACUGAUGGCUGCAUGGAAAAUCUGCAAUAAUAAACUUCAAUGCUCUUGCCUGUA